GCCCGCUAUCAGCUUGUACAUCCUUCAACUGAUCGAGAUAAUUGUAUCAAACUUUCUAGCUCUGGUGUUUCUACACCGCCUGCCCUUCCCCCGCAUCAGAAGCUCUCAUUUAAUCGCUCAUCACUAGGACUUCAAACUUCUGAUCAACCUCCACUGUCUCUAACCCCUCCUGUCAGGAUGGAAUCCCGAGGGCGCCAUACCCAGCGUAACUUUUACCGUCAGCAACCACCAAUUAACGACGGCACUUUGAGGCCAUCUUCCGUUGGCUCUUCAUAUAUCUCAUUUCAGAAUGAUGAUGAGUUAGGUACAGAUAAGCUACUCUCUCCCCAUGACUUUGCUGAUGCUUGCCACGAGGGUGAGCAGCCACUGGCCCUUUCAAAGCAUAGGGUAAGUUGGUUCAAUUGA